UCCGCCUACCGGAAGUUGAAGUAGCACUGCAGCGACCUUGUACAGGGCAUGCUGUCCACAACAGUUUUUAUUAGUUUGCCAUCGUAAAAUGCUGGCAUAAAUAGCACAUGCAAAGUGGCCGUUCGGUGUUUAGAGUGUCCUUCUCAGCGAUAACAUGUUUUCUUUCAUCAAAGUCGCAGUCGGUGGAUUGGGAGGCAUCUGUCGAGCACACGGUCACCAACAAGGUCCUCUACACAGCCACUUGAAAGUCCUGUUUGCCGGUCUGAAGACACUUGAAAUGCCGCCAGACUACAGUGAUGUGGUGCUGCCAGAGAAGCCUAAAUUGAAGUUUAUGAACAAGGUGCCCAAUUUUAAGAAAGCAAAGAAAGAGAUGAAGAAGCUUCGGGAUAUCCAAGGUCCAGCAAAGGCAGCAAAUACCUUCACGACAGGAAAGUACGCUAUUGUGGCCAUGGGAGGGGGCUACCUUCACUGGGGUCACAUAGAGAUGAUCCGUCUAACCGUCAACCGCAAGAUGGAUUCCCGGACGACAUUUGCGCGCUGGCGCAUCAACGGCCCAUAUAAGCCCAUCACGCGUAAAGGUCUGGGUCAGCGCAUGGGUGGGGGCAAGGGAGCCAUCGACCACUAUGUGACACCCAUCCGUUACGGUCGAUUAAUUGUGGAAGUGGGAGGAAAGGUGGAGCUCGGGGAGGUUGAGCAAAUCUUGAUUGAAGUGGCAAAGAAGCUACCCUUCCCUGCUAAGGUGAUGACCAGAGAAAGUCUAGCAGCUCUACAAAAGAAGCAUGUUGAUAUGGAGCAGAACAACCAGAAUCCCUGGACCUUCAAGGAGAUCGCACUCGGCAACAUGCUGGGUAUCAGGAAAGUGCUCAGCCCCUUCGACCUGCGCAGCCAUGGACGCUUCACAGGCAAAUUUCACCUCCCAUGGAGGGUGUGAUGGACCUGAGAGACAGAAGUGGACAAUGUCCUACUGAAACGGCAACAAGACCACAUCGUUGAAGAGGCAAACAAAAUAAAUUGCCAUGUCGGGAAUUUUAUUUCAUUUUUAUUUUACAUGCAAACAAAUUUGUGAGAUAUUACAUUUUUCGUCAGGGAUUCUUUCAUUCUCUUCAAAAAACAAUAAACUCACAUGGUGUCAUUGGAUUCAAAGGUCUAUUUCUAAUUGGCUACAAAAAAGUAAGUGAAAUAUGUACCACAGAUUGAAUGAAGAUGUGUUUCUUUUUAAGGUGCAAUUGAUUCGUAACAAAGAAUUCCAAAUGCUGCUUUGUUCAUUUAGUGGUGAAAUAUAAAAAUAAAUCCACAAAAAAAAAAAAAGAAUUCAACUUGAGUGCUCCCUUACCUAUUCUCUCAUUUGUUUUCACUGCGGUUGUAUUUGCUAAUGCUGUUGAAAAAAAUAUCAC